CUGAAGAUAGUGCUUAAUGUAUUCUUUAUUUCCAGGCUUACACUGGCAGCAAUAGUAUAUGGGGCAUCAGCAUAUUCCAAUCGGACAGUAAACGAAGUGUACGAAUCGUUAAAGCAGGAAUGUGAAACAGAGCUGAGGAAAGAACGGGAACAGGAUCGAACUAUAUCGAUUUAUCAGAAAGAACACAAAAUUUGGUUCCGAGGCCUGGCGAAGUACCAGAUGCAGAAGGAAAAAAGAGAUAUGGACGCCAAACUUGCGAACACUCCGAAUACCGAGCAUUCCUCUUGA